GAUAUUAAAACGAAUAAAUAUUUCAUGUUUGUACUUUAUAGAGAAAGACAGCAAGCGAAAAACGGAACAAGAACAUCAGCUGGUGAUGACAGUGAAAGUGUGACACAAGAAACUCAAAAGGCGCUCUCUUUAAGGAGGAAGUUUUGCAUUUUAAAGUGAUAAAUUCACUAUCCUUCAACAAAACCUGUGGAUUACAAGUGGACUUUGGGUUGAUAUAGAUGUCAAUUGCAGUUGAGCACUAGAAUUUUGAUUUUCCUGGGCAACCUCCUGUUGCACAUAGUGUUAAUCCAGUGGUAAUGAAGAUGGGGACAAACUCUAGAAACCAUCUGAUACCAGAAGCAAAUUUUUCCUGGUUUUAUCCUGGAAGUUUCUUCUCUUCACUGAAAACAAAUUCAGGUUUUGACAGAACUCAGAUUGAUCCACAACCGGGCCUUCCAGUUGCUCCCAUCCAUUCCAUAUCUUCAGCUGAUCUUGCUAAGAGUAACUCGGGAACUAAACCCACAAAGGCUAGGAAGCACAAGUCUGCCGCCAAGGAUUCUAAUCAAAUCCCACCCAAGGUUUUGGGGCCAAAGCAACCCAAAAAGAUAUCUUCCAAGAAAACAAAGGGACAAAUCACACUUGAAGCAAAACAUGAGAAAAAGAAUCUCGAUAUUGAUAUUGGCAAAAUAAACUUUGAUCUAUCUGGGGUUCCUUCUCCAUUUUGUUCUUGUACAGGUAUGCCUAGAGUUUGUUACAAAUGGGGUGCUGGUGGAUGGCAAUCCUCAUGUUGCACUGAUAGCAUAUCUGAGCAUCCUCUUCCCAUGAGUUCAACUAGGCCUGGUGUUCGCAUGGCUGGGAGGAAAAUGAGCAAUGGAGCAUAUGUGAAACUUCUCCUGAAACUGUCAGCUGAAAGUUACAAUCUUUCUCAUCCUCUUGACAUGAAGAACCACUGGGCUAGACAUGGUACUAACAAGUUUGUUACAAUCAAGUAGAGAUCUGGAAUGUUGGAAGCUAUGUAUAUAUAAUUUCGCAGCAUACCUAAUACCCAUCCUUCUGCGGGUAAUUUAUAGUGUAUUGCUGCUAUAUACUAGGGAUGUUUUUAUAUAGAUUGUAAAUAUAGUUCCUCUAGUGCUUCCUGUUGUCUGAAACUUUUCUUAGAAUGAAGUUUGCAGCGGUUGCGUAUCAUCAUUCCAUGAUAUGCUUGUCUUGGCA